AUGGCCAGAUCACACCGACCUAUCGGGUCGACAAUCGCCAAUUUCGACGCAACAGAACUAUCCAAGGACUUUGAGAACUUGAUGCGAAGUAAAAGAUUCAAUGAUUUCCAGCAACAACACUGGCAAUCCAGAUCACGAACGGCGUCUCCAGCCCUUUCACAAUCUACGCUCUCCACGGACUCGACACAGACAAUAUCGACAUUAAAUAGACGAUUACCUAUUAUGCCUCGCCGUCCACACGACAACGCUUCAGUCAAAUUCUGCAAUUUACUACAUGUUUUGUCAGUGACUCCGACCAAAUAUGAGAACCCCGGCUUGUUGGAUGAAGCUUUGACCGUCAUUCCACUCGACCGCUUGUACUCCGAGGCAGAAGACGAACAUCAAAUACAUAAAGCCCGAUACGCCAGUAUGGGUAAGAAGCCACAGUGGGGUUACCAGGAUUUUGUCAUCCGGUCGCUUCUCAAAUGGUUCAAAAAGUCAUUCUUUACCUGGGUCAACAACCCUCAAUGCUCCAAAUGCCUGAUGCCAACAAUCGCUCACGGAAUGGUUCCGCCCACACCGGACGAGACAGCUCGCGGCGCAACACGGGUCGAGGGUUAUAAGUGUUCGGGUUGUGGAGCUUUGGAACGAUUUCCACGGUAUUCGGAUGUGUGGCAGCUGUUGCAGACUCGAUGCGGUCGUGGUGGUGAAUGGGCCAAUUGCUUCACGAUGCUUUGCCGAGCUUUGGGUAGUCGAGUGCGCUGGGUGUGGAACUCGGAAGACUAUGUCUGGACCGAGGUAUACUCUGAACACCAGCGGAGAUGGGUACAUGUCGAUGCUUGCGAGGGCGUCUGGGAUCAGCCUCGGCUCUACACAGAAGGGUGGAAUCGCAAACUCUCGUACUGCAUUGCAUUCUCGAUUGACGGUGCAACCGAUGUGACACGACGAUAUGUUCGAAGCUCUUCGAAGCACGGAUCGCCACGAACUCGAGUUACAGAAGAUAUACUGCUGUGGGCAAUAUAUGAAAUCCGCAAACUGCGACGCGAAAAACUCACAGAACAAGACCACCGACGGUUGAGAAAAGAAGACGAAAGGGAAGAGCGGGAGCUUCGCAUGUUCACGACUUCGGCCCUUGCAGCAGAGCUUACUUCUCUCUUCCCAGGCUCGCGGCGAUCGGCUUGGGGCGAUGAACAAAAGACGCCGUUGACCCAAGAUGAAGAUGCGGCCCAAUGGAUCAAUGGGAGACCGCAGAAUGAAAGUGAAUCUCAGGGUCCUAACUCGCGGGAUACGAAUCGUUGA